UAUGCAAAAUAGUUGCUUUUGAACUAGGUUUUUUGCAUGGGAAAUUUGCAUUGCAUAUAGGCACAUAGAAAUAGAAAAUUAAAUUAAUAGUAGAAAAAAAUGACAGAAACUGUUAAUCCCGUAGCUGAACGCCUCAAACUUGGCCCCCGUGAGGGAGUCAACUAUCCAAUCAUUGUCCACUAUUGUGGUAACUGUUCUAUGCCAAUUGAAUAUUGUGAAUAUUAUCCAGAAUACGAGAAAUGCAAAGCUUGGCUGGAGAAGAAUUUACCCACAGAAUUUGAACGUGUCAAGUUGGAGGAAGAAGAAGGCGGUGAUGGUGCUGACGACGACAAAAGACGUCAAAAACGUGGUGGCAAAGGUUUGAUGAAAAUCAAAAAGAAGGAAGAGGUCAACAAGAGAAUCACAGUCUCUCGUGCGCCCCGUGGCAAAAAGAAGUCCGUCACCGUGGUCACUGGUCUCAGCACAUUCGACAUUGACUUAAAGGUGGCUGCAAAAUAUUUCGGCACAAAAUUCGCUUGUGGUUCUUCCGUUACCGGUGACGAUGAAAUCGUCAUCCAAGGUGAUGUCAAGGAUGAUUUGUUUGAUGUGAUACCAGAAAAGUGGGCUGAGAUUGACCCUGACUUCAUUGAAGAUUUGGGUGACCAGAAACGUUAAUAUUUCAAUAGAUAUUAGCAAGACUUCGCAAAAGGGCAUUUUUGAAUAAAAAAAGUAAAACAACCAGUUUUUAUAGAA